AUGGGCAACCGUCGCGGUAUUGCGCGAGUGACGCUGGUUGGCGAGGCCGUCAGCCGGACCAUUGUCUCAGCCAUGGUCAUUGUUGCCAUUGUUGUGGGAGCCACCAGCAUCUAUCCCAAGGGCUUCACGGUCAUGUUUGUCACGGCCGGUAUCGCCGUCGUUGUCGAGGGUGCUCUUCUGCUUCGUGCCCUGUUCUACCUUCUCAAGCCGUCCGCCUACAACUUGACCAAUCUGCGCGGCGGCAUCCUCAUUUCCGUGCAGUGCAUCCUCCUCGCCCUGUUCAUCAUUGCUGCCGUCUUUGCGUUCAGAGACUACUCCAAGGAGCCUGGUUACGAGAGCCGAAACCAGGCCGCCGUUUACGAUAGACGCAUUGCCUGUGGAGUUCUCAUCAUGGCGUCCAUCCUGUUUCAAAUCGUUCCCACCAUCAUCACUAUUGCCAGACUGUCUCAGGGCAGUGAUGAGGACAUGAAGAUCAAGAGCAAGGAGAGCGACGAAAAGGCUCACGAGCACUAG